AUGAACAGCCAAUAUACAUUACCAUACUACACAGCCGAAGGCAGCCUUGCAAUGAGCAUGUUUAAUACCUCUAUGGGGAAACCGCAGCAACAAUUGUACAAAGGGGAGUACCCUAUAUUCCAGUAUGCACCAAUGUUUGAGAGCGACUUUAUACAGGUCAGUAGAAAAGGAGAAGUGAUUGAUGUUCACAACCGGGCCCGAAAGGUGACUGUGGGCAUCGUUCGCACCAGCCCCCACCUCACACUACCUGAUGUCAUGCUGCUGGCCCGACCAGCUGAUAUCUGUGAUGACUCUAACAGAUAUGGCCCUGCCACCCAGAAAAGAGAUAAAAAGCCUACACAGAUCUUAGAGCUAACCAGGCUGCUUCCCCUGAAGUUUGUAAAGAUAUCCAUCCAAAAUCAACAGCUCCGCCUGAAGCUUGCCUCUGGUCGCUCUUUUUACCUUCAGCUGUGUCCGCCUUCAGAUACAAGAGAUCUUUUUAUUCAGUGGGAAAACCUCAUUUACAUCCUGAGACCAUCAGUGAAAGUUCACAGCAGCACACAGACCAUCCCAGCUAGGGACACUCUGGACAGACCUGGGUUUGAGGAAGAGAAUAAGUGCCCAGAGGCAAAUGCUACUUAUUCCUAUGGGAGGAAUCAAGAUCAAGUGAGCAUCAGGAGCCUUCACAUAAACCCGGAAGUGUUUGGGGCCAUCUAUUAUGAUUAUGCUGAGGAGGAAUGA